AGUAAGUAGCUCUCCGGCCUAUAGCGACCAACACGCAGGUAGUUGUGAUGGCGUCUUCAUCUCUGUCAGUGGUGCUGCUCCUUCUGUGCCUGGCCGCGGCGGCGUCGGCGCAGAUGUCCCCGACGUUCUACGACGCGUCGUGCCCCGGGGCGCUGGCCACCAUCAAGAGCAGCGUGGCGGCCGCCGUGAGCAGCGACCCCCGCAUGGCCGCGUCGCUGCUCCGGCUGCACUUCCAUGACUGCUUUGUCCAAGGCUGCGACGCGUCCGUUCUGCUGGCUGGCAACGAGCGGAACGCGUUCGGGAACGUGGGAUCGCUGCGAGGCUUCGACGUCAUCGACAAAAUCAAGUCGAAUGUGGAGCAGGCGUGCAAGCGCACCGUCUCCUGCGCCGACAUCCUCGCCGUCGCCGCUCGCGAUUCCGUCGUCGCCGUAGGAGGGCCGUCAUGGACAGUCUCUCUGGGGAGGAGGGACUCCGACACGGCUAGCGAGACACUGGCCAACCGUGACCUGCCUGCCCCAUCACUUAGCGUCACCGACCUCAUCACCCGCUUCGCCGCCAAGGGGCUCAACCACACCGAUAUGGUCGCCCUCUCUGGUGCGCACACCAUAGGGCAGGCGCAGUGCAAGAACUUCAGGACCAGGCUCUACAGCGAGGAGAACAUUGACCCGGCCUUGGCGACGUCGCGCAAGGCCACCUGCCCUCAGCUAACCGGCUCUGGCGACAGCAACUUGGCCCCAUUGGACGAUACGACCCCGGACAUGUUCGACAACGCCUACUUCGUCAACCUCAAGCUCAAUAAGGGGCUCCUACACUCCGACCAGGUGCUCUACACCCUUGCCGGUGGUGCCACCGAAGACAUCAUUGACGGCUUCGCAUCUAACCAGGAUGCGUUCAACAACGCCUUUGCCGCAGCCAUGGUGAAGAUGGGGAACAUCAGCCCCUUGAUUUUCCCACAGGGUCAGGUCAGGCGCAUCUGCUCCAGGGCGAACUAAGAAUUGCCAGCCAGCCAUUUGCACCGAAAUGAUAGCGUCGACCAUGCAUCAAUCUGCUGCUUUGAGAUCGGAAUUAGCCACAUUUUUUUCUCCACAAAAUGAGUCAUCCAUGUCUUUGCAGCAACUUGUGGUGCCACAUACUCCAUUAUUUCUUGCCUUUUUUGUACCUAUUGUAAUUUUUUGGAUCCCAUUAUUCUUCAAUUUGAUUCUCUUCUAUACUUUGCUAA